CAUAUAAUUUCGCGCUAGCACUUCACCCGCUUCCAACUUAUUAAAAAGUAACUUUUCUGAUGGUUUAAGACGAAAAUACCCUAGCCAAUUUCUUCUCAAAUCCUGCUCCUCUACUUUCUUCAUCAUAUCAGUCUAGUGCAUCUAAGGAAACACCGCCGGCCUCCGGCUAACUGACUUCCUCUAAAUCCUAUUCCUCUACUUUCUUCAUCACAAAUCGCUACAAGUCGACCUGCAUUUCUGGUUGUCGAAUGGGCAAGGCUCUUUGUCUUGUUAUCAACUGUUCUGGUAAGGAUAUCAAAUUCACAGAGUGGAGGCUGGGGUAUGUGGAGGAAUUGAAACAGUGGGCACGGAAGCCCUUCGACGAAAAAACAAUUAAGUCAGGGGACCAUUACGCCUUCAGCGCGUCAGAAUUUGCCAAGCAUUGGGAGCGUAUACAGGAGGUGGUGCGAAUGUACCCGGAGUGGACGGUUUCACUUGAAAGUGAAGAUGUGAAAGGGAUCCCGCUACCAGUCUCUGAACUCAAGGACAACAGAGCCUUCGUCUUCAAAAUGGGAGAAAACAAUGAGUUGGUGAAAUUAACUGUAUCCAGAGAAGAAGCGAAGAGCAGAGGAAUCAAGAAAGGAUUCUUUGGGAGUCUUGAGAAGAUGGAAAGGCAAUUAAUCUCACUUGUGAAUGAGAAGAAGACUGCUUCUAGCAGUGUGCGCCAGGAUGAAAACAAGUGAAGAACUUGGCUUCACAUUCUAUAUCUUCUUAUCCAUCACCUGGUUUGACUUCAACGCUCUGCACUUCCGUCUCUCUCAUUACUCUCUCUCUCUCUCUCUCUCUCUCUCUCAGUUUUUGUAAAUUCCUCUUUUGAAUACAUACAAGUACAAAUCUUUUAGUAACAAUUUUUCAGGUCAGGUUUCCUUUUGCUUUCUUGCCAAACUCCAUCUCAGCCUUGUAAAAUUUCCAAAAACCCCCGCCCCAA